CUGCUCCCCAAGCCAUCUCCUCCGCAGGCAGGCAGGCAAGGGCUGUCCGAGGCUCUGAGCUCGCCUUUUCCGAGGCUCCAGGCGGUGCUCUGUGCUGGCCUGCUGCCCCGGGGAUCCGCGGUCAGAGGCGGGUGUCGCGCUCCGCGAACAAGACCUCGGAAGGUCGGGACAGCUGCAGGGGCCUGCCCGCGGUGAGCAGAGCCGGGAGGAAUCUGGACUCGCCAGGCCUGGAGAUGGCGGGGAACUGUUCCUGGGAGGCCCAUCCUGGCAGCCGGAGCAAGAUGUGUCCCGACGUGAGUGAGGCCCCCGAGCUCUACAGCCGUGGCUUCCUGACCAUUGAGCAGAUCACCAUGCUGCCACCGCCCGCCGUCAUGAACUACAUCUUCCUGCUCCUCUGUCUGUGCGGCCUGGUGGGCAACGGGCUGGUCCUCUGGUUUUUCGGCUUCUCCAUCAAGAGGAGCCCCUUCUCUGUCUACUUCCUGCACCUGGCCGGCGCCGACAUCGGCUACCUCUUCAGCAAGGCUGUGUUCUCCAUCCUGAACACGGGUGGCUUCCUGGGCACAUUCGCUGACUACGUCCGCGCCGUGUCCAGGAUCGUGGGACUCUGCACGUUUGUUGCCGGCGUGAGCCUCCUGCCCGCCGUCAGCUCGGAGCGCUGCCUGUCGGUCAUCUGCCCCGUCUGGUACUGGCGCCGUCGGCCCAAGCGCCUGUCGGCUGUGGUGUGCGCCCUGCUCUGGACCUUGUCGCUCCUGGUCACCAGCAUCCACAACUACUUCUGUGUAUUCCUGGCCCACCGGGCCUCUGGCGGGGCCUGCAGGCCCAUGGACGCCUUCCUGGGCAUCCUGCUUUUCCUUAUCUUCUGCCCACUCAUGGUGCUGCCCUGCCUGGUGCUCAUCCUGCACGUGGAAUGCCGGGCCCGGCGGCGCCAGCGCUCUGCCAAGCUCAACCACGUCAUCCUGGCCAUGGUCUCUGUUUUCCUCGUGUCCUCCAUCUACUUAGGGAUCGACUGGUUCCUCUUUUGGGUCUUCCAGAUCCCAGCCCCCUUCCCUGAGUACGUCACCGACCUAUGCAUCUGCAUCCACAGCAGCGCCAAGCCCGUCGUCUACUUCCUGGCCGGAAGGGACAAGUCACAGCGGCUGUGGGAGCCUCUCAGGGUGGUCUUCCAGCGGGCCCUGCGAGACGGUGCCGAGCUGGGGGAGGCCGGGAGCGGCACACCCAACACGGUCACCAUGGAGAUGCAGUGCCCCUCGGGGAACGCCUCCUGAGUGGCCAGCACCUGGAGGGUGGCAGGGGCCGUGGCCUCCAGAGACCCUCUGCUGCUGGACAGGAGCUGGGCAGCUGCCCCGGUGCCCAAGUGCAAGGAGGAAAGUCUGCUUCCCGCCCCUCACGCCUCCUUCUCCGCGGGCUGGAGGCUCUAGGAGUGGCCGGCCGGGAGACGGAGCAGCCACCUACACACAGGCCCCCUGGCCCGGCCAGGCUCCCCCAGCCAUUCUCCUCUGUGGCCAGAGGUCCAUGGUUCGGAAGUGGCCCCAGGGGGUGGGGUUCCUCCUCCUCCCAGGCUGGUCAAAAGGAGAGGAGGGAGGGAUCACCCAACCCCGUCCAUCUCCUGCCCCUUUCAAUCAGCCCUCCUUGAAAAUGACGCAGCCAGCACCACCGCCCCUUGGGGCAGCAGCUUCACCCCCAUCAGGGUACCUGUUCUCUCCGUUCCACCCCCUCGAGGCAGUAUUGGCGAGCCAACCUGAACACAUCGGUGCUAUCUGGAAGAGGGUUCUGGCUAACCUGCCUUGUUGUUCCGUCUUUCUGCACCCAACGUCCCUGCCCAAAUCCUUUGGUGAUUUUAACGGGGGAGUUUACGGUCAUGGCAAGCAGCUGGACAGGAAGGGGCCUCGGCCAGCUGGAGCGGGUCACUCUCUUCUGACUCCAUGCCGGCCAGCCCCUGGGCAGCCUCCCGGAGCACAGAGUGUGCUCGCGCUGCUGUGCGCCUGGUCCUCGAAACUUGGCCCACUGUCCAGGAGUCUCUGGGCUCCAGCCCCCACCUGAGAGUGGGCAUGGCUCUACCGGGCCACCCCAGCCCACCUCCAAGCACAGUGGCCCCGUGUAGCCAAUGCAAGUUUUAUGAAAGACAAUAAAUGUGUAUCAAUAAA